AUGGAAGUUGCUGGCCUGGUCGUCGGCGGCGUGAGCCUGGCUGGGCUAUUCACAGCUUGUGUCGACUGUUUCGAAUACAUUCAACUCGGCCGCCAGUUCGGUAAAAAUUAUCAAACAUCUGUCUUGAAACUUGACCUUCUUAAGCUCCGACUAUCCAGAUGGGCCGAUAGCGUAAACCAUUCCGACUCGCGCAUCUCGGUCCAAUCCGAGGAAGAGAUCGACAAAGUGAAGGAAGUUUUGGGUCAGAUAAUAUACCUCUUUGAAGAGACGGAAAAGAAGACUGGAAAGUUCAAAGGUCUGAAAGGAGAUACCACUGGUAUGCCUGCUGGUGGUUAUCCUGAUGCCGAUAUCGAAUCCCUCCAUCAGAAGAUGAAGAGCCUUGCAUUAAAGCGCCAGAGACGAACUAGCUUUGCGCAGAAAGCGUCGUGGGCACUCUGCGAAGAGAAAUAUUUCAAAAGGCUGAUUGAGGACCUCGAACCUUUAGUGAAAGAUUUAGUCGAGAUGUUUCCAGUGGUUAAAGAGCAGCAACGACAGCUUAGCAUUGAAGAGGCACGGGAACUGCAAGGGGAGAGGGGGAUAAAUGCCCUACAAGAGGCGAAUGAGGGCGAAGACGAGCUUCUCCGAGAGUCCAUUGCGCAGUCUAUGGUUUGUCAAGCAAAACAUAAGUUUCUGGAGAAUGUUGUUAAUGACGAAGUGCGAGUGAGGUACGGGGACGAAUUGGAGGACAAGCUAGUAGUCAUAGGGGUCGGAAGCUUGUACGAGAAGAAUAAGGCAUCGGGUAAAGUUAUAGUGCACUACGGUGAUCACUAUGGGCAAGGUUCCAUAUUUUUAUAG